GGAAAAAUGUAACAGUACUAUGUCCGGUCACGCUGCAGUCAGUGUACACUUAAAUGCUACCGCGGCAUAUACUUUACUCAAUAUUUGUCUUCUGUAAGGGCGACAUGGAGAUGUCGGCCAAUACACGCGGUGCUGGAGUAUUUCUCGAAUUAAGGAAAAGGCUUCAAAGUGGGCUUCUAAUUAUCGGAAAAGAUGUUGCUGCAAAUCCGACUGGGAUUGUUGUGACUGGUCAAGAUUCUUCUCUUCACAUCCGGACCACCACGGGCGAGGUGACAUUCCUUUUGCCUCCUGGAGUCUCCUAUGUGAAGGAAUCCUACGUUUUGGUAUCUGGAAGAGAAUCAUGUGAAGAAGAGCUCCAUUUUAGGUUGCGAAUAACUGCUUCACAUAUCAAAACUGAAGAGUCCUCAGACAUAGUAAGGGCACUACGGGCUCAAGAGACUUAUUGCUUCUACUGUCAGAGCUGUAUGACCAGGCUGCUGGAGGACAGAUUGUUCACACGAGUGCUUCCCCUCCCAAAUGGCAACUGGAAUACCAUUGUGGAUGAUUGGUGCUGCCAUCCAGAUCCUUUCGCCAACAAGAAGAUGUUGCCCCGAGCUGCUGAUUGUUUACUGGGCGACACGUUCUUUCUCCUUACUAGGGAUGAUAGCUGUAAGCAGACUCUUCUUCAGGAAGUGAGCACGACUGACUCACAAGAUAGUAAAGAUCCAAAGAAAACUUGCCGCCGACUGGAACUAGUGUCUUGCAUGAGCUGUUCGUCUGUUCUCGGGGAGGCAUUGACACCGGAGACCCUGAGACUAUAUGUCACACAGGUGGUGGUGGAGCCUAGUGUGGGGGACAGAAUGCCAGAGUCUUCAGUGAGCAGAUCCUUCUUCUUGGAGAGUACUAUAGCUGCAAGGCUUGCAGCUCUUUCCAACUCCAUGAGUUCCUUCCACUUUUCUGUCCAAACACCAAGUGGAAAGCCUUUUUUACUGCUCUGGCUGCUAAACAGCGAUUCCAUCAUGGCUUCAGUCCCAGGAUGGUCUGAUUGCACCGUCACUCAUCACAGUCCAUCAGUGAGGGCGGCAAAAGCCAUCAAACUUCUCUACAUAGACUGUUCUCAUAUGGGGGUCCAGCAGCAAGCAGUCGCCACCAGCUGGGAGGUCAAUGCCACAGGACACGCUGUGGUGUUUCCACUGAAGGUGUGUGAGGAGCUGUUACAAGUCAUAGAAGACAGCAGUGCUACACUUCCUUAUUCAAUGCGUCACAUGAAAGCCUAUAAGCAGUGAACGGCCGGGCCGCAUGGUCGGAGCGCUGGCGGCAUGAUGCCAGGCGGCGCUCCGACCGAACAAAACAACCGAGAGGACGCUUGGGAGGCCAGGCGCUGGACGACCGAGCAAAACGAGUGAGACCCCCAGUGCUGCGGCUCGCCGAGCAGACCCCGCAGAAACGCAAAAAUAAUCCAUCUUUGUGAGACAGACAACGAUGUGGGAAAAGUUUACACGGCUGACGUGGCGACAACGGCGUCAUCUCGUCGACAAACCGUCAUCUCUCAGUAGUCAUGUGUGAAUAAAUUGUUACUUUGCUAUCAAAGCUCUAUUUGUCUGGUUCUUCAGUGUAUUUUGUAAAACGAAAACAUUAUUCAGAUGUUUGGGAUGUAACUAAUGCAAAAAAUAGCUUGGAUAAAGUCAAAGUUAUGUUUGAAAUGUUUGCGUUUACAAAAAGCUGAUUUUCUCCGUUUUUUCAUCAGAAAUUGGAAAAUUGCUCAAACUAAGCUAUUUUCUAAUGCUGAUUUCUAAAGAAUGGAAAAAGAUAUUAACUUACUUUUUUCUGCUGAAAGAAGAGAAUCUAAUCUUUCUUUUGGUGGGUUCCAUGUUUAUAUAGCAAUAGAGCAGAAUUUUCUGUGGGCCUUGCAAAAUCAGUCAAAAUCCAGAAAAACGGCCGGGAGCGAAGGGCCUUGCUCUGGUGAAAAUGGCUGGGAGUGAAUGAGUUAAGAGUUAUUCAGAUACAGUGUUGGGAGUAACGCCGUUACGUAACGGCGUUAUUUUUUUUAGGUAACGGGGUAAUCUAAUUACUUUUUCCACCGUUACAACGCCGUUACCGUUACUGACGGUCAAAAGCGGUGCGUUACUUACUCUGAAUAAAUUGAAGAAACUACCAGCCGUGUCGAGUCGACUCUCUGCUCUGUUGAUUUGUUAUGACAUCCAAGACUUGGGGUGCGUUCAGAUUCGAGAAUAGCGCACGUACUUCUGACUCCAAGCUGUUUGUCCCUGCUCAUUCAAUUAGACAAUGCUUUCCAAUCUUUGGUAACGUUUCUGUGUUUGCUACACCUGAUGCUAGCCUCGUUCCCAUCUCCCACUGUCAGCCAGCAAUAAUUCUGCUUCCAUCUUGAGGACGGCAGACGCUUUGAAGGUGGCGUGAAUUGUCGGGAAACGAGCCUACCUGAAUGCAGCCCCUCGAGAGAUGCGAUGGAAGUGAUUGUGAUUGGCUGAGGGUUAGAGUCAUGUGUCAUGGUAAGCCAAUCAGAGAUGGUGAUUUCACAAGCAAACCAGAACAGCUCGUGCGGCAAACACACACACGCAAAACAGAUACCUAGGGUCGGGAUGGCAGAGCAUUCAGAAGAAAAAUUGUCCUUUAAGAGGUGGAGAUAUAGACAUUAUUUCAAGUUUGUCGAAAUUAAAGGAAAGAACCUGCAUGUAAUGUGUAAUUUAUGUCCCAGGGCAAAGCUUUUGUCGACAUCUGUGGUAAGCAAUUAAAAUCUGCUGAAGCACCUAACAAGUUAACUACCUGUCUGUUCUUCUCUAUUCCACUGACUCGAAUACUGCUUAGAAAAUUUCAAAUUCUUUGACAUACAACAAGUUCUUUUAAAGUAACGUAAAUAGUUACUUUCCCUGGUAACUAGUUACUUUUACUAUAGAGUAAUUCAGUUACUAACGCAGUUACUUUUUGGAAGAAGUAGUGAGUAAUGUAACUAAUUACUUUUUUAAAGUAACGUGCCCAACACUGUUCAGAUAACUAUAGCAUAAAGAACUUACUAACGAGUUUACCAAACCAUCAGUGUCAUUUCAAAACACCAAAAUAACAUGUGAAAUGAUAUAAUAAUGUAUUAAUAAUUUCACACAUAAGUCACUCCAGAGUAUGUCGCACUCCCAGCCAAACUAUGAAAAAAAACUGCGACAUAUUGGCCGAAAAAUACGGUAGCGCCAUACAAUAAUAUUAAUGCUAGAUAUUUUUUUAAGAAUUGUUUUGAAUCAUGUUAGAGAGGCGAAGUCUGUGUUCUGAAUCGGUUUACAUUCCAUUCUUUUGCACUAGUUAAUGUUAUCAGCAUUUUUACCUCAUUGUUUAUUUGUGAUUUAUUAUUGUUAUUUACGUGUUUAUUUGUACUUUAAUAAAGAAUGUAAGUGUUCCAAAAAUGUCUUUGGGAAUUAAUAAGUGUCAACCAAAAUUUUACCGUUAAAUUAGUUUAAAAAUUUUUUUUUUUUUUAUGUUUUUGAUUAGUUGACUAAUCGUAAAAAUAGUCUGCUGACUAAUCGGGAGAAAAUUAGUCGUUUGGGACAGCCCUAAUAUUUAUUAACCAAAAUAACAUCAACACGCUAAGUGCAUCCUACGCAUGCAGUUGUAGAGGGAGUCAUACACCACAAUCCCAUUUAUAUUCCCUCAGGCGGUCUGAACAUGCGUGUAACAUUAAACUUUAAAAGUUGCAGCGGAGAAAGUCCUCUCAAAAAUCCCCAUGGUAAGCUCUGUGAUUAACUCAGGAAUACAGGCUAUCAAGGCUAGCAUCGGGCAAAGCCUUCGUCGGCAAUCAAGUCCUCCUAGUGCUGGUUGACAAUGGCAAAUCGGUACUUACAUAGCAUCCUCUCGUAGCAAAUAGUGGAUAUCCAUCGUUUUAAAAUUGUUCCUUGACCAGCGCGUAGCAUCGGAUGGGGCCCUAUUCAUCUAGAAAAUCCCCAGAGUUUCUGAUGAAGUGUAAUGAAACGCCUGAAAGGGUUUGUCGGCGCUAGUAUCAGCCGAGAUGUCUAACAAGCCAUUGUUCAACUUUAAUGGUUCCUCUGUGGUGACACAAAAGGUAUCUUUACAUUGAAAAAGCUCAAUAACUGAACAAUUUAAAUUAGAGGCUAUAAACGCACCCCAAAUGGCUAAAUCAUCAGGACACAAGGUUGCGAAGCCAAGUUAAAUUUUUAACGAAAACGUGAAGCUUGUUUGUCCAAAGAAAUCCAUAAAUAAGAUGCUUUGUUAUAAAAGGCGCAUGGUUCAAAUGGAGGAAAAAGUUAUGGCUUAUGUUCCGAAAAUUACAGUAUUUCCCUGCUAACACAAUACUUGACCAUUUCCCAUUUUUCUGUUAGCUUUAUGUCAAGCUACUUUUCAUGAGUAACCAUGAAAAUACCUAUAUUUAGCGUCUGUUGUCUUGGGGAGGAGAAAAUGAAUGGGUUUUAACUUCGUUGACAACCAUACCCUUUGCUCAUUUUUAGCAUAAUGACAGUGUUAAUUAUCAUUAUAUUCUAGCUCCUGCUCAGAAAAUUGAAGCUGUCACUUUGCUUUUCAAUCUGCAAAAAAAUAUGAUCGCCUACUUAUUGAGGGAGCUGUUCCCCAGCAACAAAAUGGUCAUGUUUCUCUCUAAAAGCAAAAAUGAUGAAGAUAACAGAAGAUUGUUUAGCACAGGUACAUUUUCCUGUCACAUAUUGUGGUAUGAUAUCCUUAAUGCUUCUCAGCUACAUUAAUGAUGUCUGCGGUUGCAUGUUAACAGAGAUAGGUGAGACUGCAGUGAAACUGAGAAGGCUGCAAACACAAGGCAGACACGGGACAUAGUAUCUGUCUGGUUCCUGGAAAUGGUUACAGUGGUACUCAGAAGUGUGAUGAAAUGAUACACUCGAAUACUUCCUGAUUGUGGUGGUCUGUUGGGAAGUUGUUGGCUGAGGACAGGAAGGUAAUGUGAUCACACAGCCAUCUACAGUUACUAGAAUUGGUUUAAGACUAGAAUUGGUUUAAAACUACCUGAGAUCUUGUUUGAAACAGUAAGGAUGCAACCGGAAGCUUUUUUGGGAGGCAUAGAAAUUCUUAAAUAUAUUAUGAUACAACAAAUUAAGAUACAGGGCUUUAUGCUGUUAUUAUUUUUCUGCAUCUAUAAGUGAAAAGUAAGAAACUGUAGAUACCAUAAAAUAAUAGUACCGGUACUACUACUACCGGCUCCUCAAAUACACAUCUUGAAGGUCCACAAUUAUUUUUUUCAUACAAGCAUGGGUCCAUUUAUUAAUGUCAGUCAAGUACAAGGCAGGUCGACGGUGAUAAAGGUGGUUUUCUUUUGACCAAACAAAAAAUACAGUGCACAUUCUGAUUAAAUGAAAAUAAAACAUUUUCUUGACUUAAAAUACAUUUAAAAAAAAAACAACAACAAAAAUGGAAGUACAAUGUUUGCGCAUGUACACUAAAUAAUUGACUAGAUCUGUCAUUAAGGUGCAAACAAUAACUAUUGACAGUACAUUUUGUAACUGUAAAACACUGCCGGACAAAAAAGAAAACAUGCAAGUAGUACAGUACAUGUUCACAUGUACAGAACAUAAAUGACAAGCGCUGUCAUUAAGGUGUAAACUUAAUAAUUAUUGACAGUAACUAUAAAACCUCUCAAUGAGAGGAAUGGCAUUUGGGGGUCACAAAGCUGUUUACUCACAUCAUCAGCCAGUACUUCAGUGCGUCUUGUGGUUGAUGAAUCUGAGAGUGAGAUUUGUUUGAUUUUUAUUGUCAUUUCCUCCUUUUCUUUUCCUUCGAACAUUGCUGCCAUCACUUCAGUCAUACUAGUACACUCUUUUAUUAUUUCUCCAUCCGAGAAUGGCUUCUUAUAUUUGGCCAACACCCAUGACACUGAGUGAGCAUUCUGUUGCAAUUUGUUGUUGUGACAUAGAUUUAACAAUAACCUUCCUUGACUCUUGAUAUGACAGCUUCAUCCUGUUAAUUUCUUGCCUUCUCAAUUCUGAUUUAGGGAACAUAAUGGCGUUUCACAUUUUCACUUUUUAUCAGAGCAACUGUCUUGAAGCAUAUUAAGCACAUAGGUUUGGUACUUGCAGUUGGUAAAAUGGACGCAUAUUUGUCAGUCCAUUCUUCAUUGAAAGGGCGAUUUUCGUUGUCCACUUCUCUUUUGGUCAACUUUGAGCAUGCCAUUUUGUUAGAUUCGGUCUUCUACUGGUGGCAUGUAAACACAUAGAGUGCAGACUCGUGUUUCACACUGCUGCGGUCCGUCCACUCUAGCUAGCUAGCUAGCUAGCAGCAUGCAGGCUCUCUCAGCCAGUCACCGCAUUCAUGCACGCUCUCUCAGCCAUUCAGCGCAUCCAUGCAGGCUCUCUCAGCCAAUAAGCGCAUCGUUGUCUUAGAGAUGACAACAGAAGUGGGAACAUGGAAGAUAUUUGACUAAAAAUGAAACAGAAUUUACCGAUAGAAUAUUAGCGCAUAGCGAUAGAUCUGCGAUUCAUACAAAUAAUAAAUGUUUAAAAAAGUAUAUAUUUUUUUUAAAGUGCAGUUUGCUCUGUGUCCGCAGAGAGGUGUGCCGUGGUCCGGUCGUGGACCGCGGUCCGCUAAUUUAGGACCCCGGAACUAAAGUGUCAAAGUUUGACACAUGUUUGACCCAAUUACUUUCUGUGAAAAGAUCAAAGAUGGUACUAUAACCUGCCUUAUGAGACUGCAUUCCAUGAACGUCUAUUGUUUUCUGUGCUCCGCACCCUCCAUUCCUGGACCCUCCAGUGUAAUGGGGUGUAAAGUACUUUGGCUUGGUGUCACUUUGCCCCUGGCUCAUAAAUCUUCUACUUCACACACCCACAGCAUUGGCGUCUACGUUAUUCAGAAUUGGCAUGAAAAAUGGAUACAUUGCACAAUAAAUUGUUAAGCAGAUGCGUAGUUUGGUCUACAAGUAUUUUAACAAUGACACUUUUGUCAUUCUUCCAUUUUAGACCGAUAGAAUAGACUCAUAUGUUGAAAGUAUAUGGUUUUUGUCAUGUAUUGUGUCAUAAUAGCCACUUGGGUAGUGGAGAUAAAAAAAAAAAUUGAAGGAUAAAACAAGACAUUAUUUUCAGCAACAUUGGUAAUACUAAAUUAGACCAUUUGAUGUUGCCAAACCGAAGUCAAAGCAGAGAUUCAAAAAAAAAAAAAAAAAAGCUUAGUCACAUUUAUUAUUAUCAUUUUACACAUUUUAACUAAUUGACUGCUAUUAACACAUGAUCAUUUACUGCCUGUCAUGGUUGCCACAGGCAUUAGGUAGCUCCCAGCGACCACAAAAGAAACCCAUGUCUGUUUUCAAAAUAGUUCCCCAUUAAUGGGAAAUUGUAAUUUAAGAAUUUUUGCAUUUAUUAGUUAAUUUUCCCAGUAUGUAAAAUGUUAAUAUUAUAAUUUACUAUUUAUUCUUCAUUCAUUUUUUGCCUCUCAUCCUCAUGAGGGUAGCCUGGGUUCUGGAGCCUAUCCUAGAUAACUAUAGGUGGGGUCAACUCUGAACUGGUUGCUUGCCACUAGACUGGAUGCACGGGAGAGCAUUGUAAGAAACUCCUUGAUGGAUACCGGAAGCGGUUGUUCGCAGUUAUUUUCUCUUUAGGUUGCGCUACCAAGUAUUAGGCUGAGGGUGCCAAUACAUUUGUCCAGACCAUUUUUGGAGUUUUGUGUAAAAUGAUAAUGAUUUUUUUUUUUUUUCAUUCUCUUUUGUGUUUUUUCAUUGCAAGCAAAAUAAAUCAAGAUAUUACUACCAAAGCAUUUGCAGAUCUCUCGCACACCCCCAUACUGGAUGUAACCCCAGACCAUGGUUUUGCCCCCACCGAACCUCACUGUUUUCUGAGUGAAUCUCUGAUCCAAGUGGGCACCAGUAGGUCCAGUAGGUGACUGUGGUGUAAUUCAAUGGAAGAUUCAUCUGAAAAAUCCACCUUUUGCCACUUUUCCAGCGUCCAUCCUUUUGACAGGCUGUGGGCCUUGGCAAAUGCCACAAGUUUUUUUUUAAUUGUCUGCACCCCGAGAGAUCUGCAGGGUGGAAGGCAACAUAAGUAGUCUGAAAUAUGAACAAAUCUUAGCUUCCUCUUACAUUCCUAACCAUAAAAAGGGACAAAUUCUGCAGCAGGAUGGGGCUCCAUCGCAUACGUCAAUCUCUACCUCAAAGUUCCUCAAGGCAAGAAGAUCAAGAUCCUCCAGGACUUGCCAGCCCAUUCACCAGACAUGAACAUCAUUGAGCAUGUCUGGGGUAGGAUUAAAGAGGAAGCAUGGAAGACAAAACCCAAGAAUGUUGAUGAACUCUGGGAGGCAUGCAAGACUGCUUUCUUUGAUGUUCCUGAUGACUUCAUCAAUAAAUUGUAUGAAUCCUUGCCGAACCGCAUGGAUGCAGUCCUUCAAGCCCAUGGAAGUCAUACAAAAUAUUUAAAUGUGGAUCUCACAGCACCACUACUUAAUUCGCAUAUGUUAUGUAACAUAUUUUUGUAUUUGAAGUACAUUUUUUUGUUCAAUUUUCACACUACUUUCUGAAGGCGACAAAACUUUUGUCUUGCCAAAAUUUGACCUUUAUGUCUUCGUUAAAUGAUCAAUCUUUUUUUCAUUGAAACAAAUAUAUUUUUGUACAUUCAACAUCAUUUGGGAGGGUCUUAGCUUUCAUAUGAGCCAUUUCUGAAACCCAUUGAAUCAUUAAAAGUCAGGUUAUUAGCAAUUGUUUCUACAAAAUGGAUAAGCGACAAGACUUUU